UGUGAGAAGUAUGCUAACUCUACUCCCGUUUAACGGCGGUAUUUUUCACUUAUUGUAAGCCUAGAGUUGGGAUGUUGAGGCCAUGGCAGUAAUUAUUCCUCUUGCGAUAGUUUCAGAGAGCGGAGCAUCAUGUCGACGAAGGAAAAAUACGUCUACGAGUGAAAAAUGGAGAGCUGUCCCGGUCCGCUGAGCUGAAAAAUGGGAGCAAGGGCUUCAGUAUCGCUCUGUAGCGACCCUUCUUCAGUGAGAAUCCUGAGGCCCAGCGCUAGGGUCAGCCCAGAGCUCAUCGCUCCCACCCUGGUUCCAGAGCCUGAGCUGGCUGCCAGGUGUGUGUUUGGUGUUUCCUUGGAAAUACUGAGAGAGGAAGGGCAGAUGGUCAGUGGAAUACCCCUUGUGUUAAGAGACAUGGUGGAGUUCCUGGAUAAGAAUGGAAUGCACCACAGAGGUCUGUUCCGUCUGUGUAGCUCAGUACCACGGACCAGAGAGCUGAGGCAGCGGUGGGACCGUGGAGAGAGCGUGGACCUGGAGCAUGAGGGAGAUGUCCCCACUGUGGCUUCACUCCUCAAACUCUUCCUUCGGGAGCUGCCCACCCCCAUAGUUCCCGAACCCCGUCGCAAACAGCUGGUUUUGAGCCUCACAGGUACUAGGAAAGGAUAUGCAGAUCAGGAAAAGAUGAACCAGGCUCUGAGAGAAAAUCUUCACCACCUCCCUGCUGACAACCUCAUUAUUUUGUCUUACCUCAUCCGCUUUCUGUCCAGAGUGGCCGCUCACAGCCAAUCAAAUCACAUGCCUGUGGAAAAUCUGGCAACCAUCUUUGGGCCUUGUAUAUUCCAUGUUCCAGCAGGACCCAGGAUGCUAGAAGAGCAGAGUGUAUGUAAUGACCUGUUGCUCCAUCUUCUCCGGCAUCAGAAGGUUCUCCUUCCAAUCCCAGAUGAGAACACAGCGGGCCACUUGAUUGCCUCCUCCUCACCCCCUCCUCCUACUCUCUCUGCUCUUUCACACUUUGAGAUGCGACCCAGCAGCUGUCACUCAGAGCAGAGUAGUGUGGAGAGGGUGGAGGGAGAGACCACCUCAGUCUCAGUGACCAGUGCUUUUAACCAAACAAUACGGAUGCAAUCUCAACUCAACAGUGCUGACACACUGGUGCAGGUUUGUGAAACCACCUCUGACGUCAGUGCUGACAUUCAGAACCUGAUUCCAGACCAGGAGGCUUUGGAGGAGAAAGGUGAAAGUACAGGGGCAGUCUGUGUGCUUUCCUGCCCCACUGACCCAGGGCCAGAGCAACAUCCACACCGGAGCGGUCCAUUCCAAAAGGUCCAAGGGGAGCCACUGGAGUUGGAGUGCACCACACAAGGGACCUUUUCACAGACGUCACUGUUCACGGCCAUAUCAAAGGAGAAAGAGGAGGCAGAAGUAGACGAGGCUUCUACAGAUUCAGGGCAGACAUCAUCUAUUUCACUGUGCUGCAUAACGAAUGAAUCGCAGAGAAAAACCCAAAUGCAGAGUCAGCGCAUAAAGAGUGUGCUGUGCUGCAUAGAAUACAAGAAAGAAGACAAAACCAAAGUGUCUGAAUGGAAGGGGAGAGGAGGACGAGGAGGAGGAGGAGGAUGUAGUGGUUCUCCUGACAGACAUAAUGACUGCAGAGGCGGGAACAACAGCUAUGACAGCCCCUCCCUCAAAGUACAAGCCCUGGAGGCCGACUUGGGACCCCUUUCAGCACCGGCAGACCCCCAAGUUCAGGACAACCUACCUGCCCAGCAACAGCCUCUUUCUACUGAAGAGCAGAGCCUCUUUUUGACCCGCAAGCUAAUCCUCCACUUGCCACCAUCACCAUCUGCUCAGGAUAAUCAUCCAGUCGACUCAUUGCAGCCUGUACACACCCCAUCCCCUCAUUCAUCAGAGUCCAGUGCUGUCCUCUCCACUGCCACUCUUGCUAAGGAAAUUCCAGGAGAUGAUACCCUGUCGAGCCCAACAGGCUCUAACACCAGCCCACUACUCUCUCGUUUUACGAUGACCGACUGCCCCGUUCCCUCGCCACGCUGCCCCAACCUCAGCCACAGCCUGCUCUACAACUUAGACCCUGAUACAGCCCCUUCCCCACCGUGUUCACAGCACGUACGCAUGGCUCGAUGCAGCGUCCAUACAGAGUCAGAUGAGGGCUCUGUCUCCAUUUCAAUGCUCAACAGACACAUCCACACCCUAAGGAAAAGGAUCAGGCAUUUCGAGGAGCGCUUUGAACAGGAGAAGCACUAUAAGCCGGCCCAUAAUGACAAGACAGCCCAUCCAGAGGUUGCCAGACUAAUGAAGGAGCUCAUCAAGAGUCGCAAGCAGCUUAAAGAGCUAAAGCUGAGACAAUUAGAAGAAGGGGGGCUGAGAGGUCAGCGGGGUUUUAACCCAUCGGCCGAAACAUGCAGGAGCAACAUAGACCAGAGGGAGGCAGCACUAACAGGAACUGAGCUACAACAACUUAACAACAACAGCAACACCAAGCCAAAUGUGGAGGAGACAGUCAACAUUAUAACCAACAGACUGAAGGAAAGACGUCGAGAGCUGGGCCUGCCUGACAGCAUUAAGGAGAUGACCCAUUACCAGAUGACUAUGGAGAAGACCAGCAUGCAAAAGUGUUUGCUCUACUUUGAGAGUUUGCACGGACGACCAAGUACCAGGCAGGAGCGGACUCUGAUGAAACCUUUCUACGAUCGGUACCGUCUUCUCAAGCAGCUGCUGCUUUUUUCUGCUGCCUCAACAGUCAUAACGACCAUAGAAGAAGAGGAAGGCUCUGAUGAAGGGCGUCCCAAACAGCAAAGCCCCAGGCAGCAGCCAUUUUGGCUGAAACCUCCCAGGUGUGUGUCCUCAGACGAGUUACUGAAUCUGCCUUCCCUGGAAAUGUCUGAAACACCUCUGGUGUCCCCGCUGGAGGAGGUGAAGGGUCUCCAGCCACAGAUCAUCACCAUGUCAACAUUUCAUGAAGCUUCCAGACCAGAAUUACUGGAUCAACUCAGGAUGGCUCGAUCAGAGAAGCGGAGGCUUCACCAAGUACUCAGAGAGUUUGAGGACCAUUUCUACACACAGACUGGCAGGGCUUGUCAGAAGGAGGAACGUGGAUCAAUGGCAGAGGAGUACUGCCAGUAUAAGAACCUCAAAGCGAAGCUCCGUCUACUUGAGGCCCUGCUCAGUAAACAACAGGACUCAACCAAGACCAGUUGAGUGAACUCACAGUGGGACUUUAUCUAACUUAACAGCACUCGAUCAUAUCCGAAAAAUCAGGUUGAGAAGCCAGUGGGUCUGGUCGUUUUUUUUAUGCCAUGCUCAUUAUGUUGAUGCACUUUACAUGAGGAAAACAGUGAUGGAAAUCGGUGACCAUCUGACUGAAAUGCUGGGCAACUGCAGAGUUUUUUUAGUCCCAAAAACACAUCCCUUGUCAUUCAUGACGAACCUUACUAUAAACUUGAUGUAGCAAGUGUAUGUUAUAUAGCACUAAUCUGUGUCAAAGAUGAAGAGCUGUAACAACUUGAUGAUAGUUACAUAUUAGUAAUUUUAGGAUUACUGUGCGUAUAUUAUGGCACUUUGCUUUUUUUCCUUGCCAAAACACUAUUUUUGGAAACUGCAUUUUUAAAAAGUGCUUUUUUGGCAAAAAAGCUUAAAUGCAAUCAGUGAGACAAUCCUGUAGUGUUUGUGCAUGUCAGUUUUUUAGUCCUGCAUUGUGCUAUGAUAUACAUUAAGAAUUUCAUAGUUGCUUUAAAUUGUGACCAUUCAAUUUACAUGUUCCCCUUGGAAAAUAUGUGAAUGUUGGUGAACCUUGGCAUCGUAGUGCAAGUUAUAUCUGCUGUCAAAUUUGUCUUUAUUCCCCAUUUUGCCUAUAUUAAGUUAAUUCCCCCUAAAUGCUGUUGUUGACAAUGAUCAGAGCUUUUGACAUUGUGCACU